AUCUCAGAAGAGGAGAAUCCACAGUGAGUGCUAAAUUGUGACCUAACAGGACAAAGUUGUUUUAAUUUAAUUACUUUUACUGUUUUAUUCUUACUUAUACUGAAUUCAUUUACAGUAUACAAAUGAUUUCUCUGGAACAGGUCUGUUUAUAUUUCUUAUUUAUGGGUUUUAGUUUUGACUAUUCUUGUGUAAGACUGCCGCUGGGUAAUUUCCUUUCAUUAUGUGCACAUCUUGAACACACAUAGACAAAACAAGAACUACACCUUGGACACACCAUUACACCUCAAACACUGUAUUUCUAAAUAUUCAAAUUGGGUAUUGUUUGACCUGUGAGCACUUUGAUUGGCUGUGCGGUACAUCCUGUUUAAUUUUGCAUGAAUCUAUUUUGUAUAAAUAUGACCUUGAGAAUAACUUUAUGGAAUGUUGUGGUAGUCGCCUACAACAAACUGUUUCGUGAAGCAAUGAAGGUUUAUCAGAGCGUCCUGCUACUCUUCUGCUGCCAGUUUCUCCACACUCUGGCCUUAGACUGUACUGUGAUAAGCGGUAACCUGAAGCAGAUAGACGCUGGGGCAGGCUCCGUGGUUGGAGUGAACGAUAAAAAUGAAGCGUUCGUCCUGAUUGAUAAUGUCUUCACAAAAAUCAGCCCGUCUCUAACGCACUUCAGCGUUGGUCCUGCUGGUCAGCUGGGGGUGGAUUCAGCAAACAACAUCUUCAAGCUUCAGAGCGGUUCCUUCAUUUGGUUUCCAGGGCUUCUCAAACAGGUGGAUGCUGGAGGUGAUCAGAUCCUUGCAGGUGUCACUAAGAAUGAUGAAAUUUUCUGUUUAAAUAUGGAUGCUAACAACAACUGGCCAUCUAGCACUGCUCCUUGGGUUAAACUUAAUGGAGGGCUGAAGCAUUACAGCUGCGGUCCGUACAGCUGUUGGGGAGUGAGCGCGGAUGACCUAAUCUGGAUCAUGAAGGAUGUGUCUAAUAAAGUCUGUUCUGGGUCUGGUGGCUUUGUGAAUAUUCCUGGACGACUGGCCAUGAUUGAAGUAGCAACUGAUGGCAGUGUCUUUGGUGUCAAUUCUCAAGGGAUGUUAUACAAAAGAAAUGGCGUCACUCGCUCCAACCCCGCUGGCACAGACUGGCAACAGAUGAAUGCUUGUUCCAAUGGCCACAAGCAUGUGAGCUUUGACCUGGGAGUGCUGUGGGCUGUAUGUGUCGACGGCUCCAUCCGUAAAUGUACUUUACAAAACUGCAGCAAGUGAGGAGUUCAAUCAUUAACAGAAACCUCAAAAUAAUCAGUCACUAUUAACAGAAAACCUUGAUUAUACUUUUUCUUCUCUUUUUCUUGCUGAUGAAUAAAUAAAGCAUUAUG